AGAGGAAGUUGACUUGGGCAGUAGUACUACUCCAAGAUGGCGGCGUCCUGUGGCUCGGAGUUGUGAUGUGGGGAGAGCUGCUGGAUUUGUUGUGAAGUUCAGUGUGUGAUUUUUCAUAUCGUGAUCCUUCUUGAAGAAGUCACCUUCUCAGCUGGUCCAGCCUCCACCAUGCCCGUUCCCUGCAGCCACUGCCAGAAGAGCUCGGCGGUCCUCAGGCGCCCGAAGACGGGCCACUCGCUGUGCCGCCCCUGCUUCUUCUGGGCGUUCGAGGAGGAGGUGCACCAGACCAUCGCCUCGGCCCGGCUCUUCCGCCCCGGGGAGACCGUCGGCAUCGGGGCGUCGGGGGGCAAGGACUCCACCGUCCUGGCGCACGUCCUGAAGGUGCUGAACGAGCGCCACGGCUACGGCCUCAACCUCAUCCUGCUGUCGGUGGACGAGGGCAUCACCGGUUACCGCGACGACUCCCUGGAGACGGUGAAGAGGAACCAGCAGCAGUACGACCUGCCCCUCAAGAUCGUGUCCUACGAGGAGCUGUACGGCUGGACCAUGGACGCCAUCGUGAAGCAGGUGGGGCUGAAGAACAACUGCACCUUCUGCGGGGUCUUCCGCCGGCAGGCCCUCGACAGGGGAGCCAUGAUGCUAGGAGUGGACAAGAUCUGCACAGGACACAACGCGGAUGACGUGGCGGAGACCGUCCUGAUGAACUUCCUGCGCGGCGACAUCGCCCGCCUGCGCCGCUGCACGGCCAUCACGACGGGCAGCGAGGGCGCCAUCCCGCGCUGCAAGCCCCUCAAGUACGCCUACGAGAAGGAGAUCGUGCUCUACGCCUACUUCAAGAAGCUCGACUACUUCUCCACCGAGUGCGUGUACUCGCCCAACGCCUACCGCGGCCACGCCCGCGCCUUCCUGAAGGACCUGGAGUCGGUGCGGCCCAGCGCCAUCGUGGACGUCAUCCACUCGGGCGAGAACCUGUCCGUGAAGGAGGACGUGAGGAUGCCGGUGCAGGGCACCUGCGCCCGCUGCGGGUACAUCUCCAGCCAGCGGCUGUGCAAGGCCUGCGUCCUGCUGGAGGGCCUGAACCGCGGCCUGCCCAAGCUGGGCAUCGGGAAGCACCACAGGCUGCACGAGAAGCUCCUGGCCCGCCAGCCGCUGACCGAGCAGGAGGAGAGGAAGCUCCGGGCGGAGGAGUUCUGAGCCGCCCCAGCCCGCUGCGGCCUGCGGCUCGGUGGGGGGAGGGCGCCCUGUCCCUCUGUCUCUGGGCAGGGAACCCCGCGGUCCUGCAGGGCCCUUGUGGAUUCUUUCGAACCGAACGUUCGUCCCGAGCAGGAAAUAAGUUGCGUUUCUGGCAGGUGGCCUGCGG